AUGGCUCCCUUUCCGACCGCUGUGCGGUCCACUCGAAAGCUCGCCUUCAACCUGAACCACGCACGCCACAUCUCCGACCUCACCGUCACCCGAACUGGAAAGCCCAUCCUCCGUGUCCAAGGUGGCAGAUCGUCACUGGGAGGACAUGUCGCGACGGUAUUUGGCGCAACCGGGCAGCUUGGAAGAUACAUUGUGAAUCGACUAGCACGUCAAGGAUGUCAAGUCGUCAUUCCCUACCGAGAGGAGAUGGCCAAGCGCCAUCUCAAGGUUACCGGCGACCUGGGUCGUGUUGCCUUUAUCGAAUACGAUCUACACAACACUGAGUCCAUCGAGGCCAGUGUCCGACAUUCCGACGUUGUGUACAACCUCGUUGGCCGGAACUACCCGACCAAGAACUUCAGCUUGGAGGACGUACACGUCGAGGGAACCGAGCGUAUCUGCGAGGCCGUUGCCAAGUACGAUGUCGACCGCUACAUCCACGUAUCCUCCUACAACGCCGACCCCAACUCCGAGUCAAGCUUCUUCGCUACCAAAGGACGAGGAGAGCAGGUUGCUCGAAGCAUCUUUCCCGAGACCACUAUCGUGAGACCGGCGCCCAUGUUCGGCUUCGAGGACAACCUCCUCAUCCGUUUGGCCAGCGCUACCAACCUCUUCACAUCGAACAACAUGCAAGAGAGAUACUGGCCAGUCCACUCCAUCGACGUUGGCCAUGCCCUCGAGCUCAUGCUCUACGAUGACAGCACGGCUGGACAGACAUACGAGCUCUACGGCCCCAAGAACUAUUCCACAGCCGAGAUCGCCGAGAUGGUAGAUCGUGAGAUUUACAAGAAGCGGCGACAUAUCAAUGUGCCCAAGGCCAUUCUGGGACCCAUUGCUACGCUAAUUAACCGCGCUCUCUGGUGGCCCAUCAUGUCUGCUGAGGAGAUCGACAAGGAGUUCAUUGACCAGACGAUUGACGAGACGGCCAAGACGUUUGCGGAUCUUGGGAUCAAGCCUGGAGAUAUCAGCAACUACACAUACCACUACCUGCAAGGAUUCCGUAGCUCGGCUUACUAUGAUCUUCCACCAGCAACGGAAAAGGAGAAGAGGGAAGACAGGAAAUACCUGCAUGUAACGGAUGAGUUAUAG